AUGUCCAAUGCUAAUACUAUGAGCUGCUUAUGGAAAGAAUCUAAGGAUGCUAAACCUUAUGUUAACAGGGUUCCCAUACCAACUGUUGAAGAAGGUCAACUUUUAAUCAGAAUGGAUUAUGCACCAAUCAAUCCAUCAGACAUUAAAUUUCUUUAAGGACAGUCUUCAUCAAAUAAACAAUUCCCAUGUGUCCCAGGAUUUGAGGGUUCUGGUACUGUAGUACUUACAGGUGGAGGAAUGGCCAGUUGGGGUAUGUCUGGAAAAAGGGUAGCAUUUUAUACAAAUCAUGAAUAUGGAACAUAUGGAGAAUAUUGUAUCACAGACACGAAUUUGUGUAUUGAAUUAGACAAUGAUAUGGAAUCAAGUGAAGCAGCUUGUUCAUUUGUGAAUCCAUUAUCAGUUAUAGGAAUGUUGGAUAUUUGCAAAAAAAACAAUGCAAAAGCUGUAAUCAAUAACCCAGGUGCUUCUUAAUUAGGAAAAAUGAUGAAUAGACUAUUUAAGGAAAGAAAUAUUAAAGUCAUUAAUAUUGUUAGGAGAGAAGAAUAAGUUUAUGAAUUAAGAUAUGAAUGUGGAGCUGAAUUAAUUAUCAAUCAAAAUGAUCCAGAUUUCCUUAAACAAUUAAAAAUUAUGUGUGAAGCUACUUAAGCAUCCAUAUAUUUUGAUGCUGUUGGAGGAGAAUAAAGUGGAUAGAUUUUAAACAUUAUGCCAAAAGGAUCUAUAUUAAUGAUGUAUGGAACUCUUGAAAGCUGGUAAAUUGGAGGAAUUUAAGCUAAUAAUUUAUUAUAAGAGAAAAAAUCAAUCUAGGGGUAUUUUAUUUCAAAUAUUUUAGAUUUUUUUUAAACAUUUGGUUAAAAGAAUAAAACAAAUUAGAAUUAAUGGUAACAUUAAAAAAGUUAAAGAAUUUUAUUAAAACUUCAUUAAAAACUAAAAUUGCAAAAGAAGUAAUUUAUGAUAAUAUUAUUAAGUUUUCUUUAGAUUAAUUUUAAUAAGCAAUAGAUUAUUAUAAAUCACAUAUGACUGAUGGAAAAACUUUAAUUUGUUUGAAAAAAAAAAUUUAAUCAAAAGAUGAAAAUUAAAAUUAAAAAUAACCUCAGUCAUAAAGUGA